GUGGCGACGGGGGUGGCGGUGGCACGGGGGCGCACCGGUGAUGGUGGCUCCCCUCGAAGCGCUGGCGACCCCCUGAGAGAGAGCGAGACCCCCCCCGCACACCAACAGCAGACCCCAGCCCCUUCCCGGCCCGGGUGGAUGCGGCCCGGGGUGUCUGGCUGCCAGCGCGGAGCGAACAGAUGCUGGGGGGCCGGAGGAGGAUGGAGUGCGCCCUGGACGCCCAGAGCCUGAUCAGCCUCUCCCUGCGCAAGAUCCACAGCUCCCGCACCCAGCGCGGGGGCAUCAAGCUCCACAAGAACCUGCUGGUCUCCUACGUGCUCCGCAACGCCCGGCAGCUCUACCUGAGCGAGCGGUACGCCGAGCUCUACCGCCGCCAGCAGCACUACCAGGAGGGCGGCCUCCUGCUCGGGGCGCCCCCGGGCUGCGCGCCCGCCGGAGAGAUCCCCCCGGAGUUCAGUCCGCUCCAGCUGGCGGCCGAGCCCGGGGACCCGGAGCCGGGCAUGCAGCAGCCGCGGAGCUGCGGGCUGGGCGGCGCGGCUGGGGGAGUCCUGGGAAGAGGCGGCGGCGACCUGCUGGAGGUGCCCGUGUGCGCUGCGCUCCUGCCCGGUGCGCCCCAGGAGGACGAGCCGCUGGAGCUGCAGCCCAGCCCGCCCCAGCAGCCACAGCCGGCGGCCCCUUCUGCGCUUCGCAGAGACUCUUCCCCCGGCUUCUACCGGGGCGGCGGCGGCAGCGCUUCUCCGGGGCUGCUUUACCCGGUGCCGACGAGCUGUGACUUCGGCAGCCCGGCGCCUCCGGGUUCGGCCAUGAGCGCAGCGAGCGGCGGCGCCUCGGCGCAUUGUAGCAGCCGCACCACGGUGCUGGACCUGGACACCCAUGUGGUGACCACGGUGGAGAACGGCUACCUGCACCAGGACUGCUGCUCGCAGUGCCCGUGCUGCUGCCAGGGCGCCGCGGGACUCGGCGCCCCGCCGCCUACCCCAGGCACCAAGCGCAAGUACUACCCGGGGCAGGAGGACGAGGAGGACGGGGACCCGGGCGGGGUGGCAGUGGGGGGCGGCUCCCUUUUCUCCCCUUGCAGCAAGCGAGCCCGCUUCGAGGACUUCAGCCCCGAGCAGCCCCCGGACUCUUCCAACAUCUCCAACUUGAUCUCCAUCUUCGGCUCCGGCUUCUCGGGGCUGGUGAGCCGGCAGCAGGCGGACUGUGAGCAGCCCCUCAACGGGCAGCUGUGCGGCAAGCAGGCGCUGGCCAGCCUGGGAGCCUGGACUCGAGCCAUCGUGGCGUUCUAGGGGCGGGGAUGGACGCGGGGGGGAGCGAUCCCAGGGACACGGACUCCAGAGGGGCCCCUGAAACAAAGAGGGGGCGGGCGGGGGAGGGGAAGCCGAGCUCAUGUUUUCUAAACUGUACAAUAAAAAUCGCAGAUCUUGGGACUUUAUUUUUGCAGAGAUGAAAAGCACCUAUUUAAGUAUGCCGUGUGUCCGCUCGGGCUUUAUUUUGUAUGGAGUGCGGGGGCGACUCGAGCCCGGGACCCUGCCACGUGAGGCGAGGGCUGCUGCCCCGGGGAAGCCGUGUGCGCUGGGGAAGAGUUUGGAGAGCUGUGCUUUUCUGCCCCUGGAGGAGCUAAUGGGGCGGGGAGAAGAGACGCCGAAGCUUGCAGAGGCCGUUGGACUAACUCUGGGGGACUCUGUCUGCAGGUCUGGGGAGGGGGGUCUAAGCGGGGAGAAGGAGCCUACAGAAAAAGGGGAGCCAAGUGUGAUCGGGUCUGUUAAACCGACACACUCCUCGCUUGUCCCAGGCAGGGGGAGACGGACCCCGGGCGCGUUUGCAAGGUUCCUAGCCCGCGGGGUGGAUUAAAUCCUUCCGUCUCCCAUUCAAAGUACUUCAUUUAGUUCCAUUUUCCUCUCCCCUUCCCACACCGCCAGCAGCAGCGUGGGUCAGUGCCUCCCUCCAGCAGCGCCCUUCUGCGGGAGCAGCCUUCCUCUCGCUUGCUCUACUUCAGCCUUUAUUUAAAAAAAAAAAAAAAAAAGCCGAAGGCAGAAAUGAAAACAUUUCAACUUUCCUCACUUGCCAGGAGGACUGUCUGCUGCGACCCCUCUUCCUACCAUGCGUGCCAGGGUAACCCUGCAGAGCACAAUAGCUUCUCCUGGGGGAGGAAGAAGGGCGGUUUUCUCUUACCCUCUUCCACUCUUCUGGCUGCUCCAUGGGACCUGUAGUCCUGCCGGCCUACGCUUUUUAACCGGACACAAGUUUGGGGACACCACGGCAAACUACAUUUCCCAUCAUGCACAGCUCUGCAGUCCUCCUUACCCCACCCUCGCUCAGUGUUUGUGUACCUUCACCUAGGUGUAUGUGACUGCCACAGGUAAACGUGUUAACACUACUUUUAACGUCUCUUUGAAUGUGGUAUGCUGGGGCUUUUAGUUUUUAAGUUUGACUGUUCUGGUUUCAGCCUUCCAAACCAUAAAGCCAGCAUUGCUUGGUCUUGUGAAGAGAUCUGUGGCCCCUUGACUCUCUCCACCUUUUUUUAAUUUUACAUUAUUUUUAAAAAAAUAAACCUUUUGUUGUAAAAAGGUGUUUGAUUUUUGUUUUUGCAGCCCUGUCAUCCCAACCAUCACAGUAUAAGCACUAGGUGUACUAGGGAGCCUUGCCAAACGUUUUUUGUUGUUUUUUUUUUCUUCAUUAUAUCCCUGUAUUUUUGUGCGGAUUGAAUGGAAUAUCACCGGAUAAAACUGUUCAGAUUUGUUUAAAUUUAUAAUCUUAAUAAA